AUGAAGAAAGGCAUCUACGACAAGUUCGGAGAAGAGGGGCUCAAAGGUGGCAUCCCGUUGGAAUUCGGGGAUGACAACCCCUGGAGCGCUGGAUACGUGUUUCACAACAACCCCGACAAAGUCUUCAGGGAGUUCUUUGGUGGAGACAACCCCUUUGCAGAGUUCUUUGCCGAGGAUGGCUCAGAGCUGAUCUUGCCCUUCGGGGGGCUGCGAGGCCGAGGAGCGAUGAAGCAGGACCCCCCAGUCGUGAGGGAUCUCUACCUGUCCCUUGAAGACCUGUUCCAUGGCUGCACCAAGAAGAUCAAGAUCUCCCGCAGGGUGAUGAAUGAAGAUGGUCAAACCAGCUCCAUCAAGGACAAGAUCCUGACGAUCGACGUGCAGCCGGGGUGGAGGCAGGGCACCAGGAUCACCUUUGAGAAGGAGGGUGACCAGGGCCCAAACAUCAUUCCAGCUGACAUCACCUUUAUUGUCCAAGAGAAAAUCCACCCAAGGUUUAAAAGAAUCAAUGACAACCUCAUUUUCGUUACCACCAUCCCCCUGGGAAAGGCACUGGUUGGCUGCACGGUGGAUGUGAGGACACUGGAUGGGAGGCUGCUGAACAUCCCCAUCAACGACAUCGUGGACCCCAAGUACUGCAAAGUGGUGCCAGGGGAGGGGAUGCCCCUGCUUGGGGACACCCAGCGCAAGGGCGACCUCCUCAUCUACUUCAACAUCUGCUUUCCCAAGAAGCUCACACCUGACAAGAAAAUGCUCUUAAGAAGCGCCCUCCUGUCCUAG